GUUAUUGAUAUUGAAUAGACAUUUAAAACGCUUUGCAAACGCAUUGGAGAAAAGCAUUGCAUUUAAAGACAACACAUAAACACAUGUGUUUGCAAAUCACAUAACUAUUUGACCACAAAAUUAUCACCAAAACAGAUCCACAUUACAGUUAUCACUAAUUUAUUUAAUUUGUUGUAUCAGUUGACAAACAAAAAUGAGUUCAGAAGAAGAUGUCAAACCCAAUGUGACCAAUGAAUUGGAGACAAAAAUUAUUCAACAAAUUGAGUAUUACUUUUCCGACAUAAACCUCAGUAAAGACAAGUUUAUGAAAGAUUUGUUGAACAAAGACGACGGAUGGGUUUCGUUUGAGAUUUUGUUGACUUUUAAACGUCUUAAGUCGUUGACUGAAGACGUCAAAGUGAUUAUUCAAUCGCUGAGAAAGUCUUCGACAAAUUUGCUGCAAAUCAGUGAUUGCGAGACUAAAUUGAGACGAAGUCUCGACAAACCUUUGCCUGAAUUCAAUGAACAAUAUAUUGAAGAACUGAAUGAACGGACACUUCAUUUGAAAGGCUUUCCAACGGAUAGCCAAUUGGAUGAUAUAAUGGAUUUCUGUAGAAAAUAUGGUUUUGUCGAAAAUAUUGAAAUGAGACGGCAUUUCAAAUCAAGAAAUUUUAAGGGCUGUAUUUUAGUCAUCUUUUCGACCAAAGAAGAUGCAGAGAAGAUAUUAUCAGCAGAAGAGGUUAAAUAUGGAGACAAAACUCUUCUGAAGGAAAACAAAAUUAAAUAUUUGCAGCGAAAGAAAGAGUUCGUUGAACGGAAAAACAACAAAUUGGCCAAAAAAGAGACGAAAACUGAUGAGACAAACGAUGAUAAUAAACCUAAAGUCGUGACAAAUAGAGUGAAAUAUUCGGCGGCUGUUCUCAAACUUAAGGGACUCAACGAAAAUACCAAAUUUCAAGACAUUAAAGGAUUGUUUCAAAAGUAUGGAAAAGUGGCGUACGUUGAGGAUAUCAAUGAAGAUAAAGAGAGUUUAAUCCGUUUUGAUGAAGAAAAUGGCGCAAAAAUAGCUUUAGAAAAGGCAAAGAUUACUGAUUCUGAUGAAUCCUCUGAUGUGACAAAAGUUGAGAUCUGUGGUACUGCUGUUGUCGCUGAACUCCUUACCGGUGACGAUGAAGUCAAUUAUUGGACUGAAUUUGAGAAGAAUAGAGCGUUAAGUAAUCAAAAGAAGACUAAUUUUAAGGGAAAGAAAGGAAAGAAUAUUUGGCAAAGAAACAAAAAGAGAGGAUAUCAAGGAUCAAGAGAUUCAAAUAAUGGCAAACGUUUUAAGAAUAACGAUAAUUAAGUAAAUAAUUUAAACAAUUUAAUUAAUUUUUGAAUUUCAAAUCAUUUUUUUCAAAACUGGUUUAUGAUUUGUUA